AUGACAGUGACACGCGCGAGUGUUGCCCUCCUGUUACUAGGAAUACUGACCCACACCAACGCUCAGAAUGGGAUUAGUGCAUUCAUAUCAGAUCUGUUCGAGUCGCUGGAUACACAGGUGGAGACCACGAGCUGUCCAGGUGUGUGCAUGCACACGCUCACCGCACUCAUCUGCACCAACGUGAGAGAUGAUGCCGAGUGUCCUAAGGGCAUGAAGUGCUGUAUGGACGAGCCAUUAGAAAACGAGACGGCAAUAAGCACGAGGCGACCGUUCACGACGCGGUACACCACCACCGAGUCCGAUGAAGGUGAACGCGAGACCACAACCCUCGCGCCUGACAGACACAAAGACAGUGGUAAUAUCGCAUGUCCAGACGUGUGCGUUGUGGUCCAGUUAGCCCAGUACUGCCAGGCGUAUCUCACAACGCCGAAGCUCUGUGUUCAGGGCCGCGUGUGCUGCGUCACCAGGGACUUCUAUGGAGACGACCCGCCCGAAGAUCUGAUCAUUCCUAAUGAAAAACACCAUAAAACUAAGAAACCUAGUACUGCAUUGACGACAGUACCACCACCACCACCACCAAAGAAAAAAAUCGACCGGGAGUGCCGUGGUGAGUGCAUCAGUGGACUAUUCGUUUUGCUGUGUGACCACGUGGACGAGCAGGCCACUUGCUCUGAUGGGGGAACCUGCUGCAUCACCGACAACAAGAACACUGACACAACUACGCGGAGACCUACCACCACACCGCGCCCCACCACGCCCGCGCCGCUGCCGCGUUGUCCGAGCUUCUGCCUGCCGACGGUGAUGGCCGCCUUCUGCAAGUACCCCUCUGAGAUCAUUUCAUAUACAAACUGCAAGCUGGCCAAUAUGUUCUGUUGCGAUAAUACCAGAGCACUGAAGACGCCGCGACCAACAACGCACCGCACCACUACCACCACGACUACUCCGGCGCCGGCCGAUCCGCGCCCCGACUGCCCAGGCUCCUGCGUGGUACCGCUGCUCUCAUUCACCUGCUUCCACAACGCGGAAAUAACGGACGUGUUCAAAUGCAAGAAGGCGGGGACACAGUGUUGCGCGCCCAAGUCGAAGAUCCUGGAGCUGGUGGGCACGCCAGAGCGGAACGAGACGUACCCGCUCACCACAACCACGUUGGCCGCGUACACCCACUACACGCCCACCACCCACGCCGUGGUGCCGCACACCACUCCCAUAGACCGCAUCGCGUAUCCAUACGAACCAAACUACGUAUCAACGUUGCGAGUACCGGAGAAGUACAACAAAUACGUUUGCGGUGUGAAAGGCACGUCGUCGCGGAGCGGGCGCGUGAUGGGCGGCGAGGACGGCGAGCCGGGCGAGUGGUGCUGGCAGGUGGCGCUCAUCAACAACAACAACCAGUACGUGUGCGGCGCCGCGCUCGUCGGCACGCAGUGGGUGCUCACGGCCGCGCACUGCGUCACCAAUAUCGUGCGGUCUGGCGACGAUUACUUCGUGAGGGUUGGUGACAACGACCUGACGCGGAAAUACGGCUCGCCAAGCGCACAGACCCUGCUGGUCGCUACCACCUACAUCCACCACAACCACAACAGCCAGACCCUCGACAACGAUAUAGCGUUGCUUAAACUGAAGACUAAAGCUGAGCUUAAAGACGGAGUAUGCCUGGUGUGCUUGCCCGCGAGGGACGAGGAGCAUCCAGCCGGCAAACGCUGCACCGUCACCGGCUAUGGGUACAUGGGAGAAACUGGACCCAUCCCGUUACGUAUUCGUGAAGCAGAGCUGCCAAUAGUGAACGACUCGGAGUGCGUGCGGAAAGUGAACGCUGUUACCGAGAAGGUGUUCAUCCUACCUUCUAGUUCCUUCUGCGCGGGGGGAGAGGAAGGCCACGACGCCUGCCAGGGCGAUGGCGGUGGCCCCCUGGUGUGCCAAGAUGACGGAUUCUACGAGCUAGUGGGGCUGGUAUCGUGGGGCUUCGGCUGCGGCCGGCUCGACGUGCCCGGCGUCUACGUCAAGGUCUCCUCUUUCAUUGGCUGGAUAAAUCAAAUCAUAUCUGUGAACAAUCCGUAG